AUGCGCUCCCACCAGCGGCCCGAGGGGUUGAGCUCGGCCGAUCGCGCUCAAGUGUCGAAAGCUGCGGAUCUAGUUCCGAUAGAAAUUGGCAGAGUUGAUCAAGGGUUCCUGUCAGCUAAGAUGAUCAACCACUCAAGAUCUCCAUGGACAUCGCCGAUCGUCGCAAUCAUCAAGAAGAAUGGCGUGGAUAUACGAUUGUGCAUUGAUUAUCGGUUGGUUAACAGUCUUACACAGCUGAUGGUUUACCCGAUGCCGCUGAUCAACGAUCUACUGGAGGAUCUCGAGUCUACACUAUGGUAUUGCUCACUGGACAUGGCGAGCGGAUUCUGGGUGGUGAAGAUGACGGAUCGGGCCCGCCUGAUCUCGGCCUUUAUUUUCCCAUUUGAACUCUUCGAGUGGAAUCGGAUGCCUCUUGGGCUGAAGAAUGCGCCGCAGAUCUACCAGCGGAUGAUCGACAAUGCCCUGUAUGGGUUCACUCGGAUCCCGAAAAUGGGAGAUGAUCUGGAGCAUCUGGAUGUAUUCGAGGCCGGAGAACCCGAAGACCCGGGCAAACCAUCGCUGUUAGGACGCAGGUCCUACAUCGACGACAUCUUAGUGCCAGCAGAUAAUUGGGAUCAGCUAUGCGACCGAGUCGAAGAUCUGCUGGAGGCGUGCGACAAAUGGAACUUGUCGAUCAGCGUUGUCAAGAGUUUCUGGGCCAUGCCCAAGGUGGAAUAUCUCGGUCACAAAGUAUCGCACGACGGACUGGAGGUGAAUCCGAAGGGUCUGUCGGCGCUGACGGAUAUCGGUCGUCGCUUCAUCGAAGAUAACGCGGUUUAUGCGUCUGUGCUGUAUGAGUUGAGGGAGAUCGACUAUGCUGCGAUGGAGAAGGGCAUGAACCGAAGUCGGAUCCAGCUAGCGCUAGCAUCGGAAUCCCCGGAUCCAGACAUAUUGACUAAGGAUCCGACGAGUCCGCAACCUUCGGAUCCGAGCCCGCGGGGUCCGGAUCCCGGACUUAGCGAUCAAGAUUCGAACCUAGCAUCACGCCUGAUUGUGUGA